CCUGAUCUUCUUUUUCCUCUUCCUCCUUCUUGUCGAUUCUUCCAUUCUUUUUUUCUUUUAAUCCUUCAAUCACUCCGCCAAGGCUCGAAUUGAGAGACAAAACAACACCAAUCGAGUGUGACGCUACCAACGAGACGGGAAAGUCGGCUGGUUUAAAAGCAAUUGCGGGAGUGUGUGACGUGACAAUCAAAAGGAUCGGGCCGGGGUUUAUUCAUUUUAAACCAGGCUCUUGUUUCCAUCCUUUUUGAUCUUUUUACCUCCUUUUGCUUUCAUUUCAUCGACGAGAAAAAGGAUACACUAGAAAGAGUUUGUGUAAGAGAUCAGCGGCGCUUGUUUGUGGCUGUGGGAGAAUUUGGUCAUACAGUAAUCACCAACAACGCGAAUCCAACCCCCCGAGCCUGGACAACUUCAGAUUCAAUCAUCCUCGAAUUACGAAAAUGGCGGCUUCACCACCUCGAGAUCUCGAAUCGGGAAGAACCCAGCUCGAAGUAGAAGAUCCCAACGCCGCGACCAAGAACGACGAACCUCAAACUUCAAAGGUUUACAAGCUUCACCCGUCGGUGUACAUCAUAACAUGGAUCUUUUUUUCCAACCUUACUAUUCUGUUCAACAAGUGGCUCAUUGACACUGCUAAUUUCCGAUACCCCAUCAUCCUCACAACAUGGCAUCUCGUCUUCGCAACCGUAGCAACCCAACUCCUCGCCCGCACGACAACCCUCCUCGAUUCCCGCCACGCCCUCCCCCUCUCACGCAGCAUGUACAUUCACACCAUCCUCCCCAUCGGAAUCCUCUACUCGAGCUCCCUCGUCUUUUCGAAUGUCGUCUACCUCUACCUCUCGGUCGCCUUUAUCCAGAUGCUCAAGUCUACGGGUCCAGUGUGUGUGCUCAUCGCUUCGUGGAUCUGGGGCGUUGCGCAGCCCAACAGCACCACCCUCUUAAACAUCAUGCUCAUCGUGUUUGGCGUUGGACUUGCUAGUCUUGGAGAGAUUGAGUUUUCGUGGCUGGGCUUCAUCUUUCAGAUGUGCGGUACCAUCUCUGAAGCUGUGCGUCUUGUCAUGAUUCAGGUCAUGCUCAGCUCAGAGGGUCUUCGCAUGGAUCCCCUCGUUGGUCUUUACUACUACGCCCCCGUCUGCACAGUCAUGAACUUUGUGGUUGUUAUUUUCAGCGAGGGUCCCAAGUUUCAAUGGGAGGAUGUUACCAAGGCUGGUUACGGCAUGCUUUUCCUUAACGCGUUUGUUGCGUUUAUUCUCAACGUGGUCAGCGUUUUCCUGAUCGGCAAGACUUCUGGCCUCGUCAUGGCUCUCAGUGGCAUCCUCAAGAGCAUCCUCCUCGUCGCCGCCUCCGUCCUCAUCUGGCAAACAAAGAUCACCAUCCUCCAAGUCCUGGGCUACGCCCUCGCUCUCGUCGGCCUCGUCCUCUACUCCGUUGGAUACGAGCAGCUCGUCAAGGGCUGGCACGAGACGCUUGCCUGGGCCGCUGGUGUUUGGAACGCUGAAGGUGACAACAAGAUGUCGCCCGCGAUGCGUAAGGGUAUCAUCGUUGGUGUCCUGGGCUUCUUCACCGUCGUCCUUGCUGGCUCCCUGUGGCACUUCCAUGGGCUUUCUAGCCAACAGGUCGUGAGCCUGACGAGUUCUUGGUUCAACAGUGCGGCAUGAUUUUACGACGAGUAACGUGGAUAAAUAGAAUAAAUAGAUAGAUAUAAUGAACCAUUCACAUUGUGUACAA